AUUGGGUUUUACGCAGGGGGCUAAGCUUUGCUGAAAUUAACUUCUAGAACGUUUUAUCUUACAAUAAACUGUCAAGGGAAGAAUAUGAAGAUGAACAACAAUGGGGCUAGGACAAGAUAUAGCGGGCUAGCACAGAAAGGAACUGGACCUGGCGCAAGAAGUUCUCAUGCCAUCACGGUUGUAGGCCACAAGGCUUAUGCCUUUGGGGGCGAGUUUAGUCCCCGUAUCCCUGUGGACAACAAGCUCCAUGUCUUCGAUCUCGAGGACCAGACUUGGUCCGUUGCAGCUGCUGUAGGUGACAUCCCACCACCACGAGUGGGUGUCACAAUGGCUGCCAUUGGCACUACCAUCUACAUCUUUGGUGGUCGAGACUUGGAACACAAGGAGCUCAAUGAGCUCUACUCCUUUGACACUUGCACUAAUGUAUGGAUGCUACUUUCGUCCGAUGAAGUGGGACCGCCCCACCGGAGCUACCACUCGAUGGCAGCUGAUGAGCAGAGAGUGUACAUCUUCGGUGGCUGUGGUAAUGCUGGCCGGCUAAAUGACCUCUGGGCAUACGACAUAAGUGAUCGACAGUGGAUCCAGUUGCCAUCACCCGACGAGAGUUGUCGCCCUCGAGGCGGCCCUGGGCUAGCUGUUGCCGGAGGGAAGAUAUGGGUUGUCUAUGGAUUCUCUGGCGUGGAGCUUGAUGAUGUGCACUGCUUUGAUCCUAUCAGUGAGAAGUGGACACUAGUUGAGACUAGUGGGGACAAACCAAGCCCUCGGAGUGUGUUUUCUACUGCAGGAAUUGGAAAGUAUGUGAUUAUAUAUGGUGGUGAGAUCGACCCAAGUGAUCUGGGGCACCUUGGUGCCGGGAAGUUCUCUGCUGAGGUCUUUGCGCUGGAUACAGAGACAAAUGCUUGGAAGAAGUUGAAGGACUUCUCUGAUGCCAGUGAGCAGCCAGGGCCCCGUGGCUGGUGUGCAUUCUCCUGUGGAAAGAUAGAAGGCAAGGAGGGAUUGCUUGUUUAUGGAGGAAAUUCACCUACAAAUGACCGGCUUGAUGACAUUUUCUUCCUCACUCCUAGUUUGGAAGAGGGGAAGUAGAAUGGAGGUAUGGUUUUGAGGAGUCAGUCUUGUUUGCAGAACUCUUUAUGAUUGGUGUGUAAGCAGAUGGGAUGCUGUAAUUUUAUGGUUGUGGAUUAUGUUCUUUGUGUUUGUGUGACAUGUAGAACUAUUGUAGGGCUUGUGAUAAGAUAUGAUUUCCCCAUGCUAGGUUAGGAGGUUUUCACUCUUUCCUUUUUCA